UCUAACAGUUUGUCACUGCGCGCUUUUUGAAACUUUUGCCGGUCGCGUGCUCGUGAGCAGACAUCAAACAAGAAAGAAAUGAAAAUUGUGAACCAAAACAGUGCGAAUAAAUGAAGCCACGGUGAGAGCUUCAACGUGUAAUUCGAUGAAAUGAGGGCGGAAAUUAAAAUUGUGAGUAAAAACAACGGUAAACAAAUAACAGUACAAGAAAGAGGUUAAAAGAGUACAAUCUCAUUGAGUGCGAUUCGAACCUGCGACCAUUGAUACUACAUACCAACACUCUACCCAUCACGCCACGUCCACUUAAAAUUUGAAAUGAUAAUUCUUAGUACAAUUACAUCGUCAUUAACAUCUAUAUUCGUUGCAUACUUUAAGGCGUCACGAACAAAAUGCAUUUCUACACUGUGAAAAUUAGCGUACAUGAAACACUAAAGAGACAUUAAAAACGAAAAUGUGUAAACCAUUUCAAUAGCACAAGAACUGUAAAAAUAUAAAUCAUAUGUUGCCCAAAAGUACCUUAGCAAGGCUUUUACGCUGUAGAUAGCAUUUUAUGCUGGUCUGUGGGUUGCUCGUAGUGGUGUAUUUUCGGUGCAAGGCUUACAUACAAUCGCAUCCCUGCAAGCGUAGUGAAGUGUAGUAGCGGCAUGUGGAGCGGUUUCGAUCGUUGCAGUUCCCGUGGCGUCGAUAUUCAAAGCACCAACAAUGCUGGGAGUAGCCAACAGGAGACUCUGGCCGAAAUUGAACACAUAUCAACGAUAGCCGGCUCGCUGGUAUCAAUUGCUUCCAUAUCACAUACACACACACAACAAUGUACAAACGAUGCCGGUUAUGAGACUGAACACACCUCACUCAAUUCGGACUUUGAUGAAGCGGAACUGCGUCGGGAGUUGCUGCGUGAUAAAUGGAAAUUGUUGUUCGAUAUGUUCGAUCCCGAGGGUUUUGGUGAGAUACCAGUUGAUGACUUUGUGAAGGCAUUAAAAUCUCCCGAAUUUUUAUCACAAGUGCCUAUGAAUAAACGUGAAUUGCUACAUGAACGUGCGAAAAAGGCACAACCGCCGAUCGGACCCGGAUAUGUUACCUUCCAGGAUUUCGUCAAUGUGAUGAGUGGCAAGCGUUCUCGCAGCUUUAAAUGUGCAGUUCAUCAUCGCGAUCGAGAAGUUUGUUCCGAAAAUGAUUUCCAUCUUGUUAUAGAGGAUCCGCCGUUCUUCAAGAAAAUGGUACAUGUCGUCGCCAUGGAAAUAUUGCCCGAAGAGCGUGAUCGGAAAUACUACGCCGAUCGCUACUCCUGCUGUCCCCCGCCUUUAUUCAUUGUAUUGAUGACAAUCAUAGAGCUCUGUUUUUUCGCCUAUCACACACUCGUGUUUGGAGAAGCUGAACCUGCUGGUCCAGUUCCGAUCGACUCGUACUUCAUUUACCGUCCGGAUAAGCGUCUUCAAGUGUGGCGCUUUGUAUUCUAUAUGGUAGUACACGCUGGUUGGUUUCAUCUCGGCUUCAAUUUAUGUGUGCAACUGCUUUUCGGUUUGCCAUUAGAGAUGGUACAUGGCUCUGGACGAAUUGCUUGCAUAUACUUUUCUGGUGUGCUCGCUGGAUCACUAGGCACUAGUAUUUUUGAUCCCGAAGUGUGCUUGGUGGGCGCCAGUGGUGGUGUUUACGCACUGUUAGCUGCUCAUUUGGCCAAUGUCAUGCUGAAUUUUCAUCAGAUGCGCUACGGCAUUCUACGACUUAUUAAUAUCCUGGUAUUCGCAUCCUGUGACUUUGGCUUUGCAAUUUACGCCCGAUAUGCUGAAGAAUAUCCACAUAGUCCCUCUGUGUCGUAUGUUGCGCAUUUGACUGGUGCCUUAGCAGGUCUUACGAUCGGCCUGAUUGUACUCAAAAAUUUCGAGCAAAAGCUGCACGAACAGCUUCUGUGGUGGAUCGCCCUUGGAAUUUACACUGCCUACAUCAUAUUUGCAAUAGUCUUUAAUGUGUUGAAUAGUACAGCGGCGUUAAGUCUAGAUGUGGAACCCAUUCAUGCAACUGAAACGUUUUUCAAUGAUUUCCAUGUGUAAUAUAGUUUGUGUUUAUUAUUGCGCUCUGGACACUCUUUUCUAUGGGAGAGAAGUACAUGAGUGAACUGAUUUUCGAAAUAUGUUCACAACAUAAGUUUGUAUGUAUAAAUGUAAUGCUUUGAGCUUUAUGUUAAACGCUUGCAA